UAUAGCAGUAAUAGAAGCAAUGAUAUGGCAAGCCAGCAUGUAAAACUUUCGCUGGCUCGAAAAAGGUUGAUCGUUUUACUGGCAUCUAUUGCUGCAUUCUUUGCUCCGUUCUCUGCAAACAGCUAUUUUCCUGCAAUGGGUAAUAUCGAAAAGGAUCUUUCCGUAACAUCUCAACAAGUAAACUUGUCGGUUACCGUGUUUAUGAUAUUUCAAGCGAUAUCACCAUCUUUCUGGAGCUCGCUAGCUGACAGCCACGGUCGUCGACCUAUAUACCUGUAUACAUUGUUUAUUUACAUUCUCGCCUGCAUCGGUGUGGCGCUUUGUCAAAGCUACUGGUGGCUAUUGACACUUCGGAUGCUACAGGCCUUUGGAGCAAGUUCUGUUAUAGCGAUUGGUGCGGGCACCAUAUCGGAUAUAACAUCACCUGCAGAGCGUGGCGGCUAUUUUGGAUGGUUUUCACUUGGAUGGAAUCUUGGUCCACUGGUUGGACCAGCCAUUGGUGGCUUCUUGUCAGAAUUCAUGGGCUGGCGCUGGAUUUUUUGGAUUUCAGCAGCUGCUUGCACCGUCCAUUGGAUUAUCCUUGGUUUAAUUCUGCCAGAGACUUUACGCACGCUUGUCGGUAACGAUGGAUCAGGAUACGCUAAUCCAACGCCGUCGCAGUGGUGGGACCGUCGAAAGCAACAAUUUGACGGCAAGCACGACGACGAGGAAAACGAGAAAAAACCAGAACAGAAGAUCUCGUUCAAAACUAUAUUGGCCAUGCCAUUCCAAUCACUUAUAUAUGCCAAGGAAAAGGAUAUCCUCGCGCUACUGAUUAUCUACAGCACACAGUAUGCAGCCUGCUAUGCCAUCACGACCUCUUUACCCUAUCUGUUUACACGAUUAUAUAGACUCACCGAGAGUCAGGUUGGCGCCUCGUACCUUGCGAACGGACUCGGUUGUAUUGUUGGUGCCAUGUUUCAGGGCAAGAUGUUGAAUCGAAAUUAUCAGAAAAUGCAGCAGCAAAUUGGUCCCGUGGUAGAUGAAUUGAGUGACGAGUUGCCCAUCGAACAUGCACGUCUGCGGAUGUCCUGGCUUCAUGCUGUCAUAUCAAAUCUGAUAAUUGCUUGCUAUGGAUGGUGUCUCUAUUUAAAAGCGCAUUUAGCCAUUGUUCUCGGACUACACUUUGUUUUGGGAUUUACAUCGCAAGUUAUAUUUAAUGCCGUACAAACAUUGUUGGUGGACCUGUUCCCAGACAGGUCCGCGUCAGUGACAGCUACGAACAAUGUUUUCCGCUGCUUGUUUGGAGCUCUUGCAACAACGCUAGUCCUUCCUACGAUCCAAUUGAUAGGCGUUGGCUGGACGUUUACCUUGAUAUCGGCGAUUUUGUUAGUGUCAAGGAUCGCAUUAUACCUUGAAGUCAAGCGAGGAGCUUUGUGGCGCCGUGAAAGGAUAGAACGAGCCCUCUAAAUAUUGAAGGCAUACAACUACGUAUCUAGCCGCCCUUUUUUGUGUAUGUGUAUCUAGUAGGAAAGAGACCUUUUUCUCUUUAUAGUGUG